CUCACCCAAACUUACGCGAUCGUCUGUUGUGAACUUAAAAGCUUUAUAUUAAGAUACUCCUCGUCAUUUGUGAUGUUUUGUAACAUAUAUUUCACUGAUGUGGGCGACUUGGCUCAAGCUCUGCAGUUCGAUUAUAGUCAUAUCUUUAAAUGGUUUAGCCACUCCUUCAGGAUUUACAGAACUUUUAAUUUACUUUGAUUAUCUUUUAUGUGUGGUAAUGCGAUACAAAGAUAUAAAUGCAUCUCAGAGGUCGUAUUUUCUAGAGCAAUAUCGUGGUACAAAAUCAAAAGACAUGUAUCAAUUGUGAACCUGUCUGUGUGUUGCUCUUUGGGUCACCUAACUAUAAGAAACAUAAACGAGCAAGAAGCGCAAGUCAGUAUAUUUUUCAGAGACGAGUCAAAGCGAUUCUGGCGUCAUGGCGUCUGGGGGUGAAAGUUAGGAUCCCUUAUGAGCACUGAAACGUCUACAAACCUGUCUUACCUCUUGGGAACCUGUAGAAGACUAAGUGAUUGUGUGUGUGUGUCUGAAUGUUGGCAUGUGAUAACUUUGCUCUUCUUUCUACUGUCCUCACAUAGGUACACUCCAUUCACACCCGCCCACACCACUCACAUACAUCCAGCCACCUACCCAUUGUUUCAGCAAACACUCUGAAGCCCACCAGUGGUUCUGACUCAGCCAACACCUUGUCCUGAAUCAGCCAACACCGAUCCUAACUCCGCCAACACUGGUCCUGACUCAGCCAACACCGGUCCUGACUCAGCCAACACCGAUCCUAUCUCAGCCAACACCGAUCCUGACUCAGCCAACACCGAUCCUAACUCAGCCAACACCGAUCCUAACUCAGCCAACACCGAUCCUAACUCCGCCAACACUGGUCCUGACUCAGCCAACACCGGUCCUGACUCAGCCAACACCGAUCCUAUCUCAGCCAACACCGAUCCUAACUCAGCCAACACCGAUCCUAACUCAGCCAACACCGAUCCUAUCUCAGCCAACACCGAUCCUAACUCAGCCAACACCGGCAUUGAGAAAUAAAACAGGUUUAUGAUGAAGAAACACCUGUAUUCGUCUCCAUUGGUCCACAUGCAAGGGCCCACAGGUGGGCGUGUGGGCGGCCACUAGACGGCUGGAUCCGCCAGCACAAUGUGUCGCACUGUGGGCGUGGUGAUGAUGUUAGCGUGUGCGGGGUGUGCCCUGGCCCGUGUCCUCCCGUCCACAUCAUCCGUCCACACCACCAGGGACGCACGCAUCCUGAAGGCGGCCAGGGCAGCACAGACUGAACCCAUCUUGCAGCUCAGGGAGGUGGACCGCGAUAAGUUCCCAGACAUUCCUGACUACGUGUUCCAGAACAUCAUGGACUACCCAAGAGAGGUGCAAAAACUCCUACGUCAGGACCAUCAAGAUCCUGAGGUCACCGCCGGCUUCUUCCAGGGCGAUAUGGCAGGACUGACCACGGAGUUCAUGCUCAGCACGAGAGUGGGACUGAAUUGGAAAGUGUUCCCAAACCGACGCUGGACCAACGCCACCGUCCCCUUCGUCAUCAGUCGACACUACCUUCCAGCAGAGCGUGAGAUGAUUGAGCGAGCGAUAGCGACCCUCAACUUCAUGACGUGCAUCAAGUUUAUCCCGUGGGACGGUGAAGCCGAGGACUACUUGAUCAUCUGGCCCGUCGAGGAACCUGCGGGGUGCUGGUCAUACGUCGGGAAGCGGGGUGGUCAACAGGUGGUGUCCUUACAACCUCCAGACUCUCGCUCCAACAGAUGUUUCAUCUCACUCGGCAAACCCAUCCAUGAGCUGCUACACGCCCUUGGCAUCUUCCACGAGCAGGCACGAGCAGACCGAGACAACCACGUCACUAUAAUAACCAGAAACAUUAUUCCAGAUUAUUACCACAACUUCGGGAAGCAGGGAGAGGAAAACACCACCUUCCCAUUCGACUACGACUACGACUCCGUCAUGCACUACGGCAAAAACUUCUUCAGUUACUCGAAAAACCUACCGACCAUCGUGCCUAAGGUAGAGAACGCUACCAUCGGCCAGAGGAUUAUGCUGAGUAAGCUGGACUGUAUCAAGCUUAACGACCUCUAUGGCUGCCUCGACGACGCCGACGACAGAGAAAAAUACACCAGUUUUUGCAAAUAUUUAGGAUUAUAAUGACAACCUUAAGUUAUUGUGUCGUGAUAUAAAGUUAUUUAUUGAUAUCAGGGACUCGUUGUGUUUUAUAAGUGUCUAUUAAGUAUGACUGGGAGUUUGGUGUGUUAAGUAACGGUGUAUAAGUAAUGUGUAUCUCGUUGUAUUCUGGUCAUCACACAUUACAUAAUACAGUAUCAUAUAUUAUGGUAACUUUACACACACACACACACACACACACACACACACACACACACACACAUAUAUAUACACAAGCAUUAUAUGUAACAUUUACCGUAUCAUCAUUGCUCAUGAGGGUGCUGUUCCUCGCAGAUGGUUGACCUCUCCUGCCCAGGUUGUACCAGAGGCUCGUGACUGCUGUGUGUUGAGGAACCUUACCUAACUUAUCUGACCAACUUAACACAGUAAUAUUUAUUUAUAAGAGGCACUAUACGUUAUCUAGUUCACUUUAGCGAUAUUCAGGAAAUGAUAUUCAGGCGAUCAGACAAACGUACAUAUUUUUUAUAUGAAUCUUGACUCCAUAUUUAAAAAAAAAAAUCAUCGUGGAAUCAGUUAGUAGACAGGACCCUACAUGACUCUGUCCUCAGCAACACCCAGCAUGGCCGCACCACCCAGAUCACCAGUCUAGAGAGAGGAUGCAGUACAGUUCAUUCCAACAGACAGUCACUAUGUAAGAAAAUGACACAUAUUGCUCAUAUAUGGCAGUUUUGUCAACAUCUCAAAAUCAAAGUCGAAUUUCAGUAAAAGGUAGGUAGGUGUGUGUGUGUGUGUGUGUGUGUGUGUGUGUGUGUGUGUGUGUGUGUGUGUGUGUGUGUGUGUGUGUG